AUGAGCAGAAAUAUCCGCACAUUGCAUAAUAUGCCAAAAGAUGAUCACGACAGUGGUGAAGAGUCGGAUGGUGGCGAACGGCAAGGUUUCUUCGUUGGCGGCUCCGAGCACAGUGGACAGCAAGUGCUAGGCCCCGAGAGACCUGGACGUGCUAGCAUAGCUGAACGUGUCUUUGAUGCAGCCAGACAACAUGGAGCUGAGGCACUCAAUUCAAGUGACCUUUCGCCGAGGCCUCGGCAUGGUCGUACUGGAGGUGGUGGAGUACGCUUAGGAGAGUACCCUGUGGAUGAUGGCAGUAGCGGAGAAAGUGACACUGGCGAGCAUGAGGAGGUUGUUGUUGAGCUGUUCAUGUGGGAAAAUGGUUUCUCCAUUGAUGACGGACCAUUACGCUCUUUCGAAGAUCCAGAGAGUCAACAGUUCCUUCAGAGCAUAAUGCAGGGCCGUGUACCAGCAGAACUGCUGGCAGCUCAUCCUCGCCGACGUAUCGACUUGCGUAUGCAAAAACGCACAGGACCCUACGAGCCCCCGAAGUUGAAGCCAUUCCAGGGAGCAGGAGCACGUCUUGGAGCCGUAGUACCGCAAAUUGUGUCGUCCGCACCAGCACCAUCUUCUUCUGCGAGCGCAGAUUCUGUGGACAACAUUGCGAAAGCACAAGCGGAAUUGAAUGUAGAUGAGAAUUCUCCUGUUACUCAGGUGCAAAUUCGUCUCCCAAACGGGCAACGUGUUAGCGGGAAAUUCAAUCAGGCGCAUACAGUUGGGGCGAUUAGAAACUUCCUGGUCACUGCCUAUCCAGACAUGGCUGCUACAGCUUUUCAACUUAUGACAACGUUUCCGAAUAGGGUAAUCGAUGAUGAAUCUGUCGACCUUAAAGAUGCUGGACUUAUCAAUGCCGUUGUGAUGGGCCUGAAAGAAUAUUUGGGUAUUGAGAAGUUACAGAAGCUUGGAAGAAUUAAUUAA